CCAAAAUUGCGGGGUUUCGCAGGAUCGCAGCAGGCUCAGUCCCGUGCGCCUCCGGGGCCAAAGAAUCCCAGCCCGUCAUUAUUAUUCCCUCCUCACCAACUCCCUCCCCCGAGUCAAGUCACACCAGUCACGAAACCAUGGAGGUCGAUCAAUCCUCGCCCAACACGCCCACCGAGGGCGCUCAGAAGAAGCGUCGACGCACCGAAGCCCAGCUCGCCCGCAAGAGACACGCAGACAGAAUCAAUCACAAGGCAAAACGUGAACAGCAGAGGAGGCAGAUGGAAAACGUCGAAACACAAGUGACAAACCUGCAGCAUGCGGUCCAGUUGUUGACCGAUCAGGUACGCGUUUUGAACGAGCGACUCAGGGACCAGACACGAUAUUUCUUCUGCUUUGACCUUCCGGAGACCCCGAGUCCCGUCGCUGCCGGGGACAACUCCUCCACCUCGUUCCAUCUACCGCGGCCUGUCCAUAGCGCACAGGAUGUACUCCUCUUGCCGGCUGAUAAACCGAUAUUGGUCCCUGGUCUGGCACUUGGAGAGCCCGAUAACAAUGUCCCAGUUGACUGUCGGUGCGGAGUCGACCACCGCUCCUACUACGAGUGUCUCGAAUACUCGACCUUUUCCAUCCUCCUCCGUGCCCACCAAGGCCUCAACAAGAGUAUCUCGUACAGCACACGCCUCCCUCGUACACCAUCCCUUGUGCACGUUUUCCGACCGACCUCGACCGAUAAUCCCGUCAUCCAGAUCCUCGGCCUCGUCUUCAGCCAGGUCCGACCUGCAAAUGUCCGCACCCUCUUUGCCUGCUAUGUCGUGAUGUAUCGGUUCUUACGGUGGCGCCUCUGUCCCGAUGAAGAAACACAACGUGAUGUUCCCACGUGGCUAUACCCGACCGAAAUUCAAACGACAAUCCCUCACCCCGUCUGCAUCGACUUUCUUCCGUGGCCUGGGCUUCGCGACCGUCUGAUCCGCAUGAUCCACAAAUCUCAGAUCCAAGACCCGCGCCACUCGGUCAUAAUGUACAUGCGGUCGGUCCACUUCCGAUGGCCGGAAGACCAAGAUUUCAUCUCCACAAGCGGAAACGGCGAGCUGAUGCCAACGCCGAACUUUGAGACGGGACUGUACAUGUACGAGAAUUGGCAAGUGUCGCGCGAGUGGGCGGCGACUUUCCCCAAGCUGAAGAAAUACGUUAAUGUCGGCGGUGAUAUUUGAGCUUAAGCUUAUAGCCCGAAGCCUGGUUAGUAGAUUGAACCAGGUUUAAGGUCAAUUGAAUGGCUGUUUAGCGAGAAAUUUCAGAAAUUUGGUCUGAACUGAGAGUAGUCGUUUUCGCAAUUUCCUAGGAUUCGGAUUCGGAUUCGGAUUUGGAUUAAUUCAUACACCGUCC